GCCAUUGUGGCUCAAGCCGUUCGGAAAGUAGUCACGGAAACAGAUCACGACUUCUAGGUUCUGUGAGUAGACUGGUCAUUCAGAGGCCGCCCCUGUGCAGCAAGCAUCAUGGAUCAGCAAAAUCCGAACUUCAUGCCGCAGACAAUGGAUGGUGAUGGUAAGACGGUCGGUGCGCGGGUGCCCCCAUCUUUCUGCGCGAAGUGCUGGUUGCCGCCGUGUGCCAUCUCGGGGUAUGAGACCGGCGAUCCCACCGCGGGCAUGUGCUCUGGCAUGGCCCUGUGGGCUUUCAUCCUCGAAAUUCUCUGCUGCAUGGGCUGCGUCGUGUCCCUGUGUUGUUGGUCGCCAGAUCCACAAAACAUCACAGGGGACGGCUCGCAGCGCACCGUGGAGGACAAGUGCAUGGCUGGCUGUUGCGUCGGCUUCCUGGCCAUUGCCUUCUGGGAGAACGGUGACUUCUGCUGCGGGCCAGACGGUUCGUGCACCUGGUGCACCGAGGAGGCGAUGAAGGGCUGCUUGGCUCACUGGAUCCCUGGAUUCGUCGGCCUCCCGCCCCUGGAUUGCUGCUACGUCAUGUGCAUGUGGAAGCCCGAGCAGUCGCGCAGGUUCUUCCGCCGCGACCUGAGCAACCACGGGGGCGGGCAGCCUGCCCCCGUGGGCGCCCCGGUGCAGACCGCUGCAGGGAACCUCCCGUACUUCCAGGUGGCCCCGCCGCCCCAGGUCCCGCAGGUCAUGGGCCAGGUGCAGCAGCCUGUGGUGACUGGCGCGGUCGUCGCUCAGCCAGCGGGGUACGGUGGCCAGGCGUACGGCUCGAACAAGGAGGCAGACGGCACGGCCUGACCUCCAGGCAGCUGGGCGGCUCACGCUGCACCCCCUGUGGCCACGCUGCUCGAGGCUGCUCUCACUGCCAGAGGGCCGACCGGGGGCGGGGGCAUGUGGGGAAGGGGGAGCAGCGGUGGAGGAAGCACUGUGCACUGCCUUGCCAUCGCGCCAUCGCCGUAGUCUAAUCUGGCCCGUCGUCGCCGCCUGCCAGCUGCUGCGGCACUGGGGGGUGCGCCUGGCUCGCUGGGCCAAAGCCGCCUGAGAAUGGGCCCACUCUCCCAUUGGCGCGGGCACCCCUCGCCGCUUACGGCGACCUCAGGAGGAGGGCGGGAGGAG